CUGUUUUCCAGAUUUGCUGUACCAUUUUACUUCCCUACCAACAAUGUAUGGACUGAUCCUCCUUGACAGCAUUUGGUGUUAACACUGUUUUUCAUUUUAGCCAUUCUGAAUAUGGUUUCUAGUUUUAGGGUUUCUGAAUUACAAGUGUUACUUGGCUUUGCUGGACGGAAUAAAAGUGGACGCAAGCAUGACCUCCUGAUGAGGGCGUUGCAUUUAUUGAAGAGUGGCUGCAGCCCUGCGGUUCAGAUUAAAAUUCGAGAAUUAUAUAGACGCCGGUAUCCACGGACACUUGAAGGACUUUCUGAUUUAUCCACAAUCAAAUCAUCGGUUUUCAGUUUGGAUGGUAGUUCCUCACCAGUAGAACCUGACUUGGCUGUGGCUGGAAUCCACUCGUUGCCUUCUACUUCAAUUACUCCUCAUUCGCCAUCAUCUCCUGUUGGUUCUGUGCUGCUUCAGGACACUAAGCCCACCUUUGAGAUGCAGCAGCCAUCUCCUCCCAUUCCUCCUGUCCACCCUGAUGUGCAGUUAAAAAAUCUGCCCUUUUAUGAUGUCCUUGAUGUUCUCAUCAAGCCUACAAGUUUAGUUCAAAGCAGUAUUCAACGGUUUCAAGAGAAGUUUUUUAUUUUUGCUUUGACACCUCAGCAAGUUAGAGAGAUAUGCAUAUCAAGGGAUUUUUUGCCAGGUGGCAGGAGAGAUUAUACAGUCCAAGUUCAGCUUCGACUUUGCUUGGCAGAGACCAGUUGCCCUCAAGAAGAUAACUAUCCCAAUAGUUUGUGUAUAAAAGUAAAUGGGAAGCUCUUUCCUUUGCCUGGCUAUGCACCACCACCUAAAAAUGGGAUUGAACAGAAGCGCCCUGGACGCCCCUUGAAUAUUACAUCUUUAGUUAGGUUGUCAUCAGCUGUGCCAAAUCAGAUUUCUAUUUCUUGGGCAUCUGAAAUUGGAAAGAAUUACUCCAUGUCUGUAUAUCUUGUGCGGCAGCUUACAUCAGCCAUGUUAUUACAGAGAUUAAAAAUGAAAGGUAUUCGAAAUCCUGAUCAUUCCAGAGCGCUAAUUAAAGAAAAACUUACUGCAGAUCCUGAUAGUGAAAUUGCUACAACUAGUCUUCGAGUAUCCUUGAUGUGCCCGUUAGGAAAAAUGAGGCUGACAAUCCCAUGCCGUGCAGUGACUUGUACACAUCUGCAGUGUUUUGAUGCUGCCCUUUAUCUUCAAAUGAAUGAGAAGAAGCCCACUUGGAUUUGUCCUGUUUGUGACAAAAAGGCUGCCUAUGAAAGUCUGAUAUUAGAUGGGCUUUUCAUGGAAAUUCUCAAUGACUGUUCUGAUGUAGAUGAGAUCAAGUUCCAAGAAGAUGGUUCUUGGUGUCCAAUGAGACCCAAGAAAGAAGCUAUGAAAGUAACCAGCCAGCCCUGUACAAAAAUAGAAAGUUCAAGUGUCUUCAGUAAACCUUGUUCAGUGACUGUAGCCAGUGAUGCAAGUAAGAAGAAGAUAGAUGUUAUUGAUCUAACAAUAGAGAGCUCUUCUGAUGAAGAGGAAGACCCUCCUGCCAAAAGGAAAUGCAUCUUUAUGUCAGAAACACAAAGCAGUCCAACCAAAGGGGUUCUCAUGUAUCAGCCAUCUUCUGUAAGGGUGCCUAGCGUGACUUCGGUUGAUCCUGCUACUAUUCCACCUUCAUUAACAGACUACUCAGUACCAUUCCACCAUACGCCAGUGUCAAGCAUGUCAUCAGAUUUGCCAGGUUUGGAUUUUCUUUCCCUUAUUCCAGUUGAUCCCCAGCAGUACUGUCCUCCUAUGUUUUUGGAUAGUCUCACCUCACCCUUAACAGCAAGCAGUACGUCCAUCACCACCACCAGCCCCCAUGAAAGCAGUUCUCAUGUUAGUUCAUCCAGCAGCAGGAGUGAGACAGGGGUCAUAACCAGCAGUGGAAGUAACAUUCCGGACAUCAUCUCACUGGACUAAUGGCUGACAUACUUGAUUCUGGGAAUCAUUCAUCAGAACUACUUUUUCUUGGAUAUCUAGUCCAUGGAAGCUAAUUUUGCAAUUUAAUAUUUAUUGAAAUGUCAGAUGGAUUCUUUGCUUUCUGAGACAUGAACACAGAUGACUCCAGCAAGAACCAGACGACAAGCAAGGACUCUCCUUACACUGUACACUGAGCAUCAGAUAGAGUUCCUCUACAAUGGUGUCUUCUUGAGCAGUGAAUUUCAAUUUCUACAUUACUGGAUGGAUUCUACAAACAAUUUUUUGUUACAAUAAACAGCAAUAAAAUUAUGUAAAUACUUAAACUUUUCUAAUUAAAAAAUGUAAUCACUGAUCUAGAAUAACAGCAACUUCUGUUUAAUCCAAUAUGAAGGAAAAAUAGAUGGAAAGUCAUGUUUGCUGAAUGAGUACUUUCUAUAGAGAUUUGUUCUAUUUUGUUGAAGUAAUGAAGUUUCAAUAACUGGCCAGGACUUGGGUUCUCCUUUUUCUUCUUUUGGUUUACUAUUCUUUGUGAUCCCUUCAGAGAAAAUGGUCUAUGUGUUGUGUGUUUUUUCUCUUGUCCUUUACACUUUACAUUAUUUGCUGAUACAUGCAGAGUAAAGUGCUGGGGUUUGGUUGCUCUUCAUAGUAAUUAUGUUUAAGAACACUAGGCAGAUUUUGUCCUGAUACAAUGUGUUAUUUUUGGUUACUAUACAUUCUUAUUCUCAAGUUUUCUGCCAUCUUGAGACUUGGUAUUUCAGAAAAAGUCUACAGCAUUUGAAUGAAGUGUGCUUGAGUUAAGAUGUGGCUAGAUUAUCUGGUAGAAUUUUCUUUACAGUGUUCAGAAAUAUUUAAUAGUUGGGAGGCACCAGAAUAUAUUUAGGAGAGGUGAAAAUAACUAAAUUCUUUCUAAGAAUUUGUUGUAUAUAUUUUGUGGAAUAAUACAGUAUACUUCAUUGGUUGAAACUUUUCACAUUUUAGUGGCACUUAUGUAGAAAUUAUAUUUAAGUAUCUGAUCAUAAUUCUUACCAAUGUAAUUUCAGUUUCAGCAGUGAUUUUUCAAGUUUAAAGAAAAGUCAAUGUUGAAUGAUAGUACCAGAUUUUUAAAGAGGUCUUUUGUAAAAACCCAGUCACACAAGUUAGGGAUGUUUGAAUUGAAGUGAGGGAAAGGGGCCCAAAGCCCCACUUAAUGCUGCCUUCAAAACUCACCUCUCACGUGGCUGGCUAUUCUGGGUGCACUUUGAAAACUACAGUCCCUCCUACAGUGUGCUUGAGUCGCUUCGAAAGCUGGGUCUCACAUGUAGAAGCUCUCGGCAUUCCUCAUUUCCCUUUGCUUCAUUUGGGUUCCUUAAUUUUUAGUUCUCCAAGAUUUAGUACUUUCUUGAUGCCUAGCUUUCUCUACCUAUGCUAUUAUCCAGCUUAAAGCAAAGCUUUUUUUAGUGGCUGCUCUUAAUUUCUCAGAUAAGUUCCAGCGUAAGGACUCUGCUUCCACUCACAACAGGGGCAUAUUACUUCAGAAUUGUCCCUGGUUGGUGUUUUAUCUUCUCAAGUUUUUGUGGCCUUUGUGUGCUUUUUGUAUGAAAUUCCUGUGUAGUUGUCCAUAUUGUCCCUUUUUUGCCUCCAGCGCCCCAUGUUGAUGAUCUUUCCUUUUGAUAGGGCUUUUGUAUCAUCAAAGAUAUGGAAAGCAAAGCCAGCCCCUGUGAUCACAGUAGUCAUUGUACCAUGGCCCCUGGCUUUACCUACUUCACCAGUCCAAAUAGAACAUUUCUUCCUGUAGGAUUUUAUGUCGUUACUGUAAGUACAGAUGCAGUUUCUGUUACCUGUGUAAUCGGAAAAAGUAACCUGGCUUCUGUGGUAUAAUUUGUUAAUAAAGAAGUGAUGCUGAGUUGUCAUUAUUUUGUUUACCCAUUAGAGUAUGAAAGACUCCCUUACUAUGUAUGAAUCAGUGAAGUCUUAUAAGUAAGGAAGAUGGUAAUAGAAAUUAUUUGCCUAGUUCUCAUAAUGGAUACCUCUGUACAUUAAUCACUUUCACGUAAACAGUUUUAGUAUUCAUUUUUGGUGUUUAAUGAAAUUACAAAAUACUUUAUUUUAGGUAGUAGCACCUUUAUCAUACUGAUAUUGGGACUUACUUUGCAGGUAGCUUUGAAGGUUUGUGCUUUUCUUUCUGUUCUUGGCUCUGUGACUACAUGGUAGUUGCAAAGCUGCUCUCUCCUUAAUGUCACAAUCUUAUGAAGAUGAUCUGGCUUCCUAGCAGUGUUCUGCUAAUGCAGAAUUCUCUUUAACCAGAUAGUGUCAAGAGGUCAUCCUGGGGGUACUUAGAUGUCAGACAACUAGCCGUUAUCUCAGAUAUCUCUACUUAAGGAAUUGUGCUCACUGCUUACAAUCACUUGGCCAACCUGUUUUCAUCUUUUUUCUUUUUCUUUUUCCACUUAGAAAUAUUGACGGGCUUUCUUGCUUUGGUAGCUCAAGGCAGUGUAGCUUCUGCACAGAGAUCUACUCAUGAGUGCUUUCACUAGCUAGCUUUCUGACCCCCAGCUGAGUCAAUUUUAUAUUUUAUUUUCUUUUCUGCCCCCAAAUUAAAAAUACUCAGUGUCUGUCCUAGAUAAUUAAAGGCCAAAUGUAAUAAGUAAGGUGAAUUUAAUUGCAUGGCCUUUUUUGUCAUUUGUUCUAUAAUACUAUAAUAAAACCAUGAUGCAUAGGUACAGGAUAGUUAAUGUGAUCCAAUUGGUCAUACUUUUUUUUAAUGUUAAACAAGUUUCCAUUAGAGUAGUCUUUAAUGAAUUUGAAUGGAACAUGCUGAAUUUUAAAGUCAUGUUGAAUGGAGUUGAAAGAGUCUAUUUUAAGUAUAAUAUGUCUUCAGUCAGUCCUGAGCACUCACUUUUGUCUUCUGCCAAUAAAGACACUCAUUUAGUUGCA